UUUCAUUUCUUCUUGGUGGUUGUGUGCAUGCGGUGGGAUUGUGAGUGCGUGUGUGAGCCGUCGGCGAUGCUUCUUCCGAGUGUGGUCUUCCAGGCGAAGGGUUGUGUGUCCGAGUGUGAUGGUGUCCGCGCUCUUUGGGUUGUUGAUUUGGCUUCUUCGAGCCCUUCUGCGUUUUCAUCGUUGUAUACGAUUAUGUUCGUUUUUCCUUCUCGACAUGGGUCUGGCUCUGUGUGUUGGGUUGUGUGGCCUUUGCGAUUGUAUUUGGGUGGUUUCGUUGUUGUGUCGGGCGUGUGUGAUCCUGACUACGUUGGAUGUGUGUCCAUGAGCGAUUGCGUUGGACUGAUUUCGUUGAAUCGUGUUGGACAGUGUGCGGGCCUGACCGUGUCGGCUUGUGGGGCAGUGUUGGGUUGUAUUUACUUUGCUUCCCCUCUAUGGGGUGGACCGUGCGUGGUCCUGUCCAUACUGGGUUGUGUGCCUGUGUGCUUGUGUCCUUUAGAAGUGCAUUUGCAAAUCGCUGGGGGGUGGAGGGGAGGGCGAGCAGGAGGAGAUGGAGCCGCAAGUUGAGGAGGCGGCAAGGGGGCGGGGAGAGGGAUUUCACAUUUUAUUCCAAAUUAUGAUGUAUUCGGAAGCCAGUGUUGGCUUGGAUGGGCAGACGGAGCCCGAUCGGCGGCUGCUCUGUCCAGAGGCCAGUCUGUGCCUCGGUGUUUGAGGGGUUUGUUAGUGAGGGGGAGGUUCUUCCAGGCUCGAAGCUGAGCAGCGCUCGCCAAGGCCCGCGCCUUCAAGCCGGUAGCCGCCGGCUCGGGUUUCCGCCGCACCCAGGCUUCAUCCAUUUCUGACUGCCCAGGACCACACCGUGGCCUAACUGCUGGUCUCUCAGCGAGAGAGGGGGAAAGCAAAGACCCCCGUCUGCAACUUGGACCUUGGCUCCCGCCCCUCUCCGGCAGAGUGGAGAUCCUAUUCAGAGGGGCCGGUUUCUCUAAAUAUGCCCCAGCAGGAGGCUGUUUUCAUAGGAGAAAUUUUCCCUGCCGGGAAUUGGCAGCUGCGGGAGACCCUGUUGCCUGCCCGCUCAGGAGCUCCUGGGAUCCCUGUCGUGCUCAGACACAAACGGAAACGUUGCGGCCAUCUGGCAACAGGAGAUGAGGAUCCGGUGUUGGGGGCUUCGAGCUGGUUCUGGGCGGCACAAAGACAGAGGAGUUGUAAUGGUCAAAUAGUCUAGCGUGAGUCUGUUCAAAAGCUUCUCCCCACUCUUUCAUCUUCCCCAAAUAAAAACAAAUGAACAAACAAAAAAUCACUCGGGCUUUCCUUCCAGUAAUCUUAACCGAAGCCAAGUGAUGGGGUGUAGUCCCCUACAACCAAAGGUGCUUAUGAGUCCUCUGUUGGCUUUUUCUGGAGCAUGGACCCCCUCGCCUGGGUGAUCCUGGUUGCUGAACAGCCUGCCGGGUUUUCCUAAGGUCCGGGGAUGGGCGGGGAGAGGUCGGCCACAGACCCUGGGGACCAAUCAUAGGUUUCUUACAGGGAGCCUUGGAGAUAUAGAUAUUUAUAGGCGACUGGGGAGGGCAUUUGGGGCCAGGGUCAACUCAUCUGGAAUAUGUGAUCCUCUUGCCCCUCCGGGAUCCGCGCCUACACGAAGCCUUGGAAUUAAUCAGAGGGUAUAAAUGUGUCAUAAGGAGAGCUUGAAUUCAGUCUGGUGAUUGCAGUGUGCACCGUUUGUUACUCGGUUAGAAGCUGGGGCUGAAGCACGUGUCACUGGGCACACAACGGUGUGUGGGGACAGUAAGGAUGACGGAGCGGCCGCCGAGCGAGGCGGCCCGCAGUGACCCCCCGCUAGAGGGACGGGACGCGGCCGAGGCCCGCAUGGCCCCCCCGCACCUGGUCCUGCUGAACGGCGUCGCCAAGGAGACGAGCCGCGCGGCCCCCGCGGAGCCCCCGGUCAUCGAGCUGGGCGCGCGCUGCGGCCCGGGGGGCGGCCCCGCAGGUGGGGGCGGCGCCGCGCGGGACUUAAAGGGCCGCGACGCGGCGGCGGCCGAAGCGCGCCAUCGGGUGCCCACCACCGAGCUGUGCAGACCUCCGGGGCCCGCGCCCGCCUCGGCCCCCGCGGAGCUGCCCGGCGACGGCCGCAUGGUGCAGCUGAGCCCGCCCGCGCUGGCGGCCCCCGCCGCCCCCGGCCGCGCGCUGCUCUACAGCCUCGGCCAGCCGCUGGCCUCGCUCGGCAGUGGGUUCUUUGGGGAGCCAGAUGCCUUCCCUAUGUUUGCCACCAACAACCGAGUGAAGAGGAGACCGUCCCCUUAUGAGAUGGAGAUUACUGAUGGUCCCCACACCAAAGUAGUGCGACGCAUCUUCACCAACAGCCGAGAACGAUGGCGGCAGCAGAAUGUGAAUGGGGCUUUUGCUGAGCUCCGCAAGCUGAUCCCCACACAUCCCCCGGACAAGAAGCUCAGCAAGAACGAGAUCCUCCGCUUGGCCAUGAAGUACAUCAACUUCUUGGCCAAGCUGCUCAAUGACCAGGAGGAGGAGGGUACCCAGCGGGCCAAGCCUGGCAAGGACCCUGUGGUGGGGGCUGGUGGAGGAGGCGGUGGGGGAGGGGGAAGUGCGCCUCCCGACGACCUCCUGCAGGACGUGCUCUCCCCCAACUCCAGCUGUGGCAGCUCGCUGGAUGGGGCCGCCAGUCCGGACAGCUACACAGAAGAGCCGGCCCCCAAGCACACCGCCCGCAGCCUCCAUCCCGCCAUACUGCCAGCUGCUGAUGGAGCAGGUCCUCGGUGAUGGGGCUGGGGCCGCUCAGGACCAGCCAGGAGGGCACUCUCAGGCCGCUGGGACCAUGGGCUUCAGGGCAGGUGGGGUGAGGAUCGGGCAGCUCUGAAGCAGGGUGAUGGACUCGACGAGCUUUCCUUGAUGUCUGAACUUUGCGGAGCCCUAACUGCCCCAGGGGCGGCUUUCCUGUUUCCUGCCUCAGUGGGAGAACAGAAAAAUGGAGCAAAGUGGUAGGUACUUUUUAUGAAGACGGCACGGUCUUCCCCCUCCCCCCCUCCAAUCCCUAAGACUUCUCCAGUAAGAAGCUCGACUGGCACUGCUUUUGGCCUGGAGCUUGGGGGCCCCGUCUUUGCUGAGACCUGGGGUUGUCAGCUCUCCCCGUGGGCAUCCAGCAGCCUCUGCCUUGCCUUUAGCCCCUCCCAAGCUGGCUGGUGUGGCUUGUGUGGCCACUCUGUCCAAAUACGUAGGUAGCCAGUAGCCGCCCAUUUCCGGGUGAGCCUCAUCUUCACCCUGGCCCAUGUCAGUCCGCCCAGCUUGCUAGCUGCUGCAGAAAGUCCCAGGCCUCGAGGUGCCUUCUACAGGGCCUGGUUGAAGAAGAUGGCCAGUGGGCAGCCUGCUCUCGACUAGCUGGGCCAGAGGGUCAGAAAACCCAUUAGCCCUUACUGCUUGCCCUGGGGAGCAAAGCUCUGCUUUCUCCCCACUGAGACUUGCCUUCCUAAUUCUUGUGGGAACUGAAUCUGUGGCUGGCAGCCUGCCCGGUCAGGCCUCAUGUGAAGGCAGAGAGAGGGAAAAUGAGGAGAGUGAAAUUGAGCCAGCGCUCUUUGGGGCUGUGGGUUCAAAUCCUGACGGUGUCCAGAGCCACUUGCCUGUAUUCUCUGCUCCCCGUCACUGUUCACGAGGUGAGCCGAUGGCCAUGUGCCUCUGCUGAGCGUGGAUGUGCAGCCCCAUCUGUGUGUCCUCCCCGAUGCUCAGAGGGACCUUCCUUCUCCAAGGUGUCUGUUUGCUGACGGUCUGGUCGGAAGCCAGCUGAGCACAAACCCUGUCCUACGAAUUCCUGGCAUUUGGGAUUUUUGUUUGACUUCAGUCAUUGGUGGGAUCUUUAGGUCUUGAUAUGACCCAGGCUCCAGCCGCACUUCGAGGGCAGGGGAAAACCAAUCGGAGACCAGGCACUGGCUGAGACCCAGACAAAUGCACAUUCACUUAACAGAAUCUUCAACACCCCUCGAUUAUACAGCUUUCAGUCAUCUAGGGUGUGUAUGGAAGGCUGGCUUACUGCAAUAAGAGCGCUCCCCUCCAAUCGUUGUACAUGAAAUUUUUGUAAAUCAAACCCUUAUCCUUCAUCUUUUAAAGAAAUACUACCGCAAGUCCUUUUGUAAAGUGAAGAAUUUUUUUGUAGAGUGGACCACUGUCCCUUGUUGAUCUCUCGUGUCAGUCCACAUGGUGGGACAUGGUUUUCCUCAGGCCAGGCCUGCCUGUGACAUGCGUUCCAAGCCCAUGGAACAAACUCCACACGAGUCCUAUAUACACGUCAUUGUACCCUCAAGUCCCCGCAGCCUCCUCCCACAGGCUCCGCCUUUGAGGUUAGAGGGAAAACCGUCCUGCCCAGUGAAGGGCUUUGAGCACGGCCCUGUGCACAUAGGGCAUGAGCCUGGUUCCCUCCCCUCCUUCCUAAGUUGUGGGUUCCCGUUUGUGAGUAGGGGAGCAACAUGGUAAUCUUUUAGCCCUCAGACUUGUAGAAUGACGUGGAUAAGUUACCUCUCUCAAUGUCAGUUUCUCAUAAAUACCCUGGCUUGGCCUGUCUGCUAGGGCUGUGGUGUAGACGAAGUGGAAUCAUGAAAGUAGAUGCAUUUUGAGACCAGAAAGAACACUUUUGCCCUCAGUAUCAUUCCCGCAAUGGGGUUCCCAUCCUGAGUCCAGGGCCUCGGCAGUAGGCCAGUCUGCCUGACUGCACAGCAUUUGGGAAAUUUAGGUUCCAAACCACUUUCGCCGGAGUUAUCCUGAUUGUCCUCAUUUCUCCAGGUUGACCUCAUUUGUGUCUCCUUCCAGGGGGAGGCACAGGAGUGAGAAUGGAAAAAGAUAUGGGCAGAAUACGUAAGACAUAAUACAGCUUCCCCCAACGGGCCUGGGUAGGGAUGGGCAAGGCUUCAUGUCUUUGUAAGGCCGACAGAAGAUCCAAAAUUUUAAUUUUCAUUUGCAUCCCCUUCACCCCGCCCACCGUACCCUCCUCCUUCCUCUGCCUCAUCACCUAUGAAGAAAUGGCAACGUUUCAAGAAUAAUACCUGUGCAAAGGGAAAAGAUGUAAAGGGGAAAAAAAGCGAGGAGAACAGACAUGAUUGUAAGGACUGGAGGGAUUCGCAUCUUUUUGGGAAAAUUCAUAUGCUUUUAUUGGUGGCGGCAAACGAUCAGAUGGUACAACCUUUCUCCUUUUCCGAAAACAGAACAAAGGGCACAGCAUCUGUAGUCAGCCGACAGCUAUCUUGGCCUUGGGGUGGUCUGGUCGUACUUGGGAUUUCGAUGGUACGUGGCCCCCCACCGAAGGCUUGCCCCUGCCCGUGUACAUAGAGCGCAUUGUUCCUGUGGGCGGGCCCAGCACUUUCCGUCAAUGUUGUACUGUACGUGGUGAGUUGCGUUGGUCUCUGCAUUUUUCUGCAGAAGAGGAGUAACCGCUCCAGGUACCUUGACCUUUGUACAGCCCGGAGGCCAACACUGUGGGCGUGACUCUUUAGCGACACAACCCUUGUGGUGAUGAUGUGUGUAUAUAUAUGAGGAUAUAUUGGGAAAAUUUCUAAAUAAAAGUUUUACAGAGGG